CAUAAAUUUAUUAAAAGAAGAUAUUAAUUAAUUGAGUUUGAAAGAAUUUCUUUGGAAAAAUUAAAAAUGAAAGAAAAAUACCUUUUUUUAAUAAUAUCAUUGAGUAUAGUGUUAUGCACUAGCACUGAGAUGAAUUUAGGAAGCUCUGAUUUUAUUGAAUAAUCAUUGUUCAACUCUGAAAUGAGUUUAUUUCCUACUUUUCCCAUUAGAAUGAAGGGAAUUACGUUCACUGAUGACAAAUACUGUCCUGAGGUUCCAUAUGACAGCAAAGAAGCUUUCUACUCUCUUAAGUAGCUUGCCUCAACUGGCGCUAAUUAUGUUUCGAUUGUAGUAACUUUUUAUCAAAAAUAUCAUAACUCCACAGUUAUUUUUCCUUUAUAUACUCCUAUAAAAUCUGACUACUACACUUAUGUUACUGCUACUGAUGAAGCUCUCACAAAAGUAAUUAACUACGCUCAUUAAAUAGGUUUAUAAGUGAUGCUUAAACCUCAUAUUGACCUUAUUGAAGAUCCUGAAUACUGGAGAGGAGAUAUAGGAUUAAAUUUUACAUAAACAUAAUGGAAUGAGUGGUUUGCUUCUUAUACCGAUUAUAUUUUGCAUUUUGCUAAGAUGUCAGAAAAAUUAUAAGUAGAAAUGUACUCACUGUCUUGUGAGCUCAUUGAAGUGUCAACCUAAACUUAACAUUGGAUUAAGCUAAUUGGAUAAGUUAGGGAAGUUUACACAGGUAUUUUAACUGAUAGUUCUAAUUGGGGUUAUCUUGAUGGAAGAGGAGGAGAAGAUACUCACAAGGAUUGGUGGGGAUAUGUAGAUGUUAUAGGUAUUGACUCUUACUAUCCUUUAGCUUAAGACAUAGAUUUCCCAACUGUAAAUCAAGUAAUAGAUGCUUGGUAGCCUGUUAUAGCUAGGUUUAAAAACUUAACAGAGUUCUUUAAUAGACCUAUUAUGAUAAGUGAAAUAGGUUAUUGCAGUGGCUAAUGCAAAAGAGAUUAUAUUCCUGUUAAGCAAGAUUUUACCAAAUAAGCUAUUUACUACUAAGCUGCAUUUGAAGCAUUUAGAAAUGUUGAUUUCCCUUUCUAUGGUUACUUCUGGUGGAGUUGGAAUACUGAUCCUAGAGAUGGAGGCAGAAAGGAUAAUUGUAUUACACCUUAGUUUAAAAAGGCAGAAGAAGUUUUAAGACAUUACUAUGGAGGAAGAUUUAGACUACCUAAAUUGCCUGGCAGUCCUGUUUGUGAAUGUACAGUUUGAAAUUUAUCAAAAAAAAUAUGAAAUAAAUAAUGAAUUAAUUGUUUGUUUUGUUUGGAAAAAUGAAAAAUGUAACAAAAUAAAAAGGGUAUUUAUAUAUAAAAGAUUUUUUAUGAAAUUCCUUCCUAUAUUCAAUUAUUAAACACAAACACAUUUUUGUUUACAGUUUGUUUUGAAAAUAUUAAUGAAUAAUGAUCACAUAAGAUAAUUUUUACAAAGUUUUGUAUUUUAU